GAUGCAGGCUUUGUUUAAGUUUUCGGGAAAUCCAAGAAAGUAUUGGCCAGCACAAAGAGAACUCUUCCUCUUACAUUACUAGCUCAUGUAGAAUUUUUCAGCAAGGGACAAACAACACAUACACCAUCCUCGGUAGAAAAGGAAGAAAAUUUCCAAGGAGAUUUCUGGACAAGAAACAAAAACUUCUCUCCAAGCUUCUUUUUUUUUCUUCUUUCUAAAGCAGCAUCUCCCCCAAGGAAUAGAACCUCAUAUAUUGUAAAAUCAAUGGAAGCUCAAUCACACCACCAACUCAAUGUCCUUUUUCUUCCUUAUCCAACACCUGGCCAUAUGAUCCCUAUGGUAGACACAGCAAGAGUAUUUGCCAAGCAUGGUGUUAGUGUUACCAUUAUCACUACCCCUGCUAAUGCUUUAACAUUCCAAAAGGCAAUAGACCGUGACUUAAGUUGUGGGUACCGCAUCAGAACUCAAGUGGUUCCAUUCCCAUCUGCCCAAGUUGGUCUCCCUGACGGGCUUGAAAACAUCAAAGAUAGCACUACCCCAGAAAUGUUGGGUCAAAUCAGUCAUGGAAUAUCAAUGCUCAAAGAUCAAAUUGAGCUUCUGUUUCGAGACUUGCAACCAGAUUGUAUAGUGACUGAUUUUUGUUAUCCUUGGACAGUGGAGUCAGCUCAAAAACUAAGCAUUCCAAGGAUUUGCUUUUACAGCUCAAGCUACUUCUCCAACUGUGUUAGUCAUUCUAUCAGGAAGCAUAGACCUCAUGAAAGCUUUGCCUCUGAUACCGACAAGUUUAUAAUUCCUGGUUUGCCUCAAAGAAUAGAGAUGACCCCUCUGCAGAUAGCAGAAUGGGAAAGGACUAAGAAUGAAACCACAGGCUAUUUUGAUGCAAUGUUUGAAUCAGAGACUAGAAGCUAUGGCGCACUGUAUAAUAGUUUUCAUGAACUCGAAAAUGACUAUGAGCAACUUCAUAAGAGUACACUGGGGAUCAAAUCAUGGAAUAUUGGACCAGUUUCAGCCUGGGUUAACAAGGAUGAUGAACGAAAGGCCAAUAGGGGACAAAAGGAGGAACUUGCACAAGAGCCAGAAUGGCUAAAAUGGCUUAACUCUAAGCAAAAUGAGUCUGUACUUUAUGUAAGUUUUGGAAGCCUCGUCUGGCUCCCUCGUGCUCAACUUGUUGAACUGGCUCAUGGGCUUGAACAUUCUGGUCAUAGUUUCAUCUGGCUCAUAAGGAAAAAGGAUGAAAACGAGAAUAAAGGAGACAGGUUUCUGCUAGAGUUUGAGCAGAAGAUGAAAGAAAUCAAGAAGGGUUAUAUCAUAUGGAACUGGGCACCGCAGCUUCUCAUAUUGGACCACCCUGCCAUAGGAGGCAUUGUGACUCACUGUGGUUGGAAUUCCAUUCUUGAAAGUGUGAGUGCCGGCUUGCCAAUGAUCGCGUGGCCAGUGUUUGCUGAGCAAUUUUACAAUGAGAAGUUGCUAGUUGAUGUGUUGAAGAUUGGAGUCCCAGUCGGAGUGAAAGAAAACACGUUUUGGAUGAGCUUGGAUGAUGAGGCAAUGGUGAGAAGGGAAGAGAUAGCGAAGGCUGUGGUGCUUUUGAUGGGAAGUAGCCAAGAGAACAAAGAAAUGAGGAAGAGAGCAAGAAAACUUGGUGAUGCUGCCAAGAGGAUUAUAGAGGUGGGUGGACACUCUUACAACAAUUUGAUUCAGUUGAUAGAUGAGCUUAAAUCAUUGAAGAUAUCUAAAGCACUUAGCAGAAGCAUGUUAGAUAAGUGAAAUGGAGCAUUAAUAAUCUAGUGGCUCUCGAAGGUGCAGCUAGCUGGUGAUUUUAUAAUGCCUUUAGAUUUUAUAACAAGAUGAACAACUUGCAAGUACUUCUGAAAUUAAACUAACUGUUUUAUAUACAUGGAUCUAUCUUGUUACUUGUGCCAUAUAAUACUUUAGUUUUUCGUAUGUCAUGUCAUUUGGAAAGACUUGGUACUGACUAAGAGAUUGGAAAAAUUUCCCCACUGAAAAAAUAUAAGAAAAAAACACACUGUUUUGGUGUGUAC